GCAGUGUGAUUGGUCAAUAAUUGAACAGUGAGGAACAUUUGAAAGAGGCCAUUUUGCUGCUUAUUUCAAACAAGCCUGCGGCCCAAGCAAGCAGUGAGUCCAAGCAAUUAUUAUUUCGCAAAGAAAAUCAAGUCUACCUCAUCAUGUCUUUCUCACAGAAUGUCGACCCAGCUUCGAUGGGGCCUGCGCAACAGGAGAAGGGCACCAAAGAUACAAGGCGUGGUGAAAAACACACCGUUUCAAGAAGAUUGCAACAAGAACUUAUGGGACUGAUGAUGUCUGAUGAUAAAGGUAUCUCAGCAUUUCCCAAUGGAGACAGUUUGUUCAACUGGACAGGCACUCUCACAGGACCCAUGGGAACGGUAUAUGAAGACCUGAAGUACAAACUGUCGCUGGAGUUCCCCCAGGGUUACCCCUACAAACCCCCCACAGUACGGUUUGAAACCCCCUGCUUCCAUCCCAACGUAGAUGAACAUGGAAACAUCUGCCUGGAUAUACUGAAGGAGAAGUGGUCUGCUCUGUAUGAUGUCCGAACUGUUCUACUGUCCAUUCAAAGUCUUCUUGGAGAGCCAAACAAUGACAGUCCUUUGAACGUCCAUGCUGCUGGCCUGUGGGAGAAUCAGUCAGAAUACAAGAAGACACUUCUGGAGAGAUAUGAGAAAGACGUCAGAAGUAAAGACUUCAGCAUAUGAUGCCACAUUGCAAUCAACUGACCAAUCGCAAUCACCUCAAGUUCAUCAUUCAUUUUACUUCAAGUUACAGCAAACUUCAUCAAAUUGUGCUCUCAAUUGAUUGUGACUCUUCAUGAAAAAACACAGCACAGUAUAUAUGCACGUCAGGGAGAUGAUAUUUUGCUAUUUUAGAUCCUUUUUAAAAAACAGAACAUAUACAUUUCGUAAUAAGAUGCUGUCACCAAGUUUUGGGCUGUGAACCCCUUACUAGCUUUUAUAGAAAUUGUCCCCUUUUUGGUGACCUGUAACAUUUCAGAAUUAUGCAAGGAAAGUCAGGCAGCCCGAGGUGUGUCUGUUAGCCAGCUGCAAGCCUGGGUUGUUGGCAACUGGAAGAGCUACAUUCACCAAUAUUUCACACUUCCCAUAAUGCCUAGUAAAUGGUCACAGAUAUGACGU